AUGAACGUUUCUCUUCUCCUCGGGGUGUUCUUGGGAACCUUUGCAGUCCUUGGCAUGCAGGCGAAGGAGAAGCCUUCGCCACCAUUUCCCAUUGACCUUGGCGUCAGUCUCAUUUUUCCUCGGCCAAAUGAGACGUACCGCCCUGUUUACCCAUUUCCUAUCGUGUUUGCCCUUACUGGAGCGACCAAGGCGUGGCCUUAUGGCUUCAAGCUGCAGUGGCGUUUGGAGGGCAAUUGGGCGAUUCCCAUCAAGAAAGAGGAUGUGCCUGUCGUCCAUGGAUCAGCUCCAGAUUGGCUUUACAGCUCAGGGUCGCUUGAUCCAGCGACGGAACCAUACUUUGUGAUCAAUGCUACAGAUAUCAUGGGUAACACUUCGUAUACAGAGUGGGAGCUUGGAUGGAGUUUGUCAGUUCUCCAAGAGUGCUCUCCUGGACCUGAGCGAUAUUGGAAGUAUGGGUCCAUCAACUUCUCGACAUCAUCUUCGGGCUUACUCCCCAAUUACAAGCCCAAAGGGCCCUGCCCUCUCGAGAUCCAGCACACUCGGUUCUUGGACAACAGAACAACGCCAAAAGGGGUGACUGGGGAUAGGAGGUCUGAAAGUUGCGUGGUGGUCACUGAUCAGGAAGGAGAAGGUGAUCCGUGUAGUAUUGAUACUGGUCACGAACUGGCAACCAUGGUUCGUGCUGAGAUGCUCAGGUACGCAGAAUGCCCAGAUAAUCAGUCGUGGCCUGAUGAGAAGAAUUUACUUGGUCCAGACUCUUGUCGGCGUCUGUAUCCUAGUUCCAAGGACGCCGAGGAUGUGGCAAAUCUGAUGUUACCUGCCGCUCUGACUGCGGUGGUGAUGGGGACUGUUGUUGUUGCUUUCUUCGCUAUGUAAUUAAGUUCUAAUUAUUACUCCUUCAAGAGACGUGAUCAUAUUGCUUG